CAUGCCCACGAAAGGUGAAAAAAAUUAGUAGUAGAUUAUUCAGUUCAUUUUCCGUGCGUGUAGAAAAUCAGUUAAAAAGUGCUAAUUUGUGCGUAGAAAUGCGAAAUCGUCUUGAAGCAUUCGCAUAAGGAUCUGCAAUUUGUGAAAAACAAAAUCUGCAUCGAAAACAUGGAUUGUCAUCAGAUUCUUAGUGGUGCCUGUAAUGCUGGUGAUCGUUGUUUUGCAGUCGGAUCCGUCGAAGGAGUUCCAUUCACUGCUUAUGCAGCAGGAUGUAACAUUGUGGUCUUGGCCAGCAAUUUUGAGCGAGUCCAGAUAAUACCGGGUGCAAUUCACAAUUACAUACGUAUUUCGGCGCUCGAUUGUAGCACAGAUACGGGAAAAAUAGCAGCCGCUUAUGAGGACAAAGUGUGCAUAUUCGAACCAACGCCUCUUAUUCACAGUGACAGACCAUCUCCGCACGGUUUGGAAUACAAAUGGGUUCAAACGGGUAGUUUACAAGCUACGUCGCACAUAAGUUCGCUUUCGUGGAAUUUAGAGGGAACACGUCUCCUCACUGGCGGAACUGUGUUACAGCUUUGGCAUGAAAGAUUGUCUAAAAAUGAAGAUGAAGAAACGUCGUUUGUUAAAUUUGAAAUUGGCGGUGACCGCGACCCAAAAACGCCGACGAACGAGGAAGAAGCCGAGCAGACCUGGGAUUGUGUGUGGAAAUGUCAUACUGCUACGUCAGUUCAUCACAUGGCAUUCAGUCCAGAUGGAACGUUAUUUGCUACGUCAGGCAGAAGCGAUCGCCUGGUGAAGGUGUGGUAUGAGAAUAAGCAUAUUUUAUUCCCAAACAAGAGCUUCGAUCAAUCCCAGUCCCAGAGCUUCAGUGGAAUGCCAGAUAUAAGUUAUGGAUUUGUGUAUGUGGCUCAUCCCCGAGCUGUGACGCAUCUCUCUUGGCGCAAAACGAGCAAAUAUAUGCCGAAGGGCUCCGUUUCUAACAUGCUCGUAACGUCAUGUUUGGACAACAUCUGUCGUAUCUGGGUCGAAACAGUUCUGCCAGACGAUGGUUUAGUCAACAUGAACCAAUUCGACCCUCUCGCAUCACAGAACCCAAAGUUUCGAACCCACAGACACAAACAUCGCUUUAUGCAACGAUUAAAACACAUGAAAACAUGUUUUCACAUUAGACGACAUGCUAAACAUGGAGCGACCGGGUUAAAUGGGAUGGGAGCAGGAUUUGGAGGCCCUGGAGCAAGCGAUAGUUUUGGAAACGCUCCGAUACCAACCCUACCGUCUACGUAUAGUGUGCAUGAUUUUCACUCGUACGGCUACCAUGGAACCGGUAUGACACCCGGUCUGCACUUUCACCUGGCCGCUUCAAUUAAUGCUGAAACCGAUAUACCUUUGGUGCCAUCGUUGCAUACCAAUGAUCCUUCGACGCAACCAAAUUUCAUCUUACACUGGUUGAAUAACAAAGAAAUGCAUUUUUCUCUACAAGCAGAAGCUAUUUUACAGGAAAUGACGAGGAAGGUUAUAGAAAAAGAAGAUUUACUGUCUGGAGCAAACAGUGAAGGUCAUUCGGAAGGGCUACAUGAAGACGAUUUAUCGAACGAUGAAAAUCGCAAACGACCGAAAGUCAAAUCGACAUUUUCACAAGAUGAGAGUAAUAGUGAUGAACACCCUCCAUAUCACUCUAAUCGAUCACACUCGGUAGGAGGAGCUUCGCACGCUGGACUUCCUAGUCACCAUUCGCUAUCAAAUACGACUUCUAUCAAUUCCCUUGCUAAUGAUGGCAAUAUUCAUGUGACAGACUCGUUAGAUAUGAAAAUAGAGAGCCUCUUGCGAGACUGGCAUCACAAUCCGGAUUUGCUAUUCUCUAUUCAUCCGAUUGAUGGAAGUUACCUGAUAUGGGUAGUUGAAUGGCUGGAUGAGUAUCAUCCUGGAUCGUUCCGACAAGCGCAAGUAUCCUUCUCUACGAGAAUUCCUUCGGCUUUCCCUUUGGGCGAUGCAACUUCAAUGUCCACUACUGUUGCUUUGUACAACAUUGGAGGAAAUCUAGGUUUUCGGGACAUGAUAGUACGUGGGCCGAAGUCAACCAAUGGUAAUUCAGGCAAUCCACCUGAUGUGAAUAGUGAUAUCGUUACAUCGCUUCCAAGUGUAAUGGAAGAGAAUGAGGUAAACGAGGAUGAAGAUGAAAAUAUUGGCAACGAUGAAGAUACAGCCAAAAGGAUAGGAACCGAAGCCGCAUACAACGAAAACAACGGAGAGCAAACCGAUAUCCUCACUGCUCCUCCAUCUCCAACUAUAUCCAUGGUGACCAAGCAUUCAAAUGGAACACUCAAUCUGUGGCAACUUACGUUUGCCGAUAAGAGUAAAUUUUCGCAAGUGCUUAGCAUUGGUCAUGCUUCGCGUGCAUCUGGCCAUAGAUUCCGGGUGAAUGAUAUAACGUGCCAUCCAGUUUUACCGCUGUUAUUGACAACCUCGCAUCAUAACAUUCCUGAUAUUCCGAAUGCAAACAAUAACUAUCCUGGCAAACCAGUCAAUGGCUCUAAUCAGAAGCCAAACCACCCCAAAGACGUUUGUGCUCCAUCGGGUUUCUGCUCGGAAUUAAUUCUCUGGCGUGUAGAUGCUGUUGGCCCGCUGUCCCAAUCAGGAGGUGUGAGUGAACUAGCUCGUAUUAAUUCGCCUGAAAUUUCUGCAUUCAGCAAUGUGGCUUGGAUACCUACCUUACUACCGAGUACCACUUUGGGUAAUUUGAGCAAUUCUCCUUCUGCGUGCUUCGUGGCUAGCGAUGGUGAAAGUCUACGCGUUUAUCAAGCGGUUAUAGACGCGCGAACAUUAUUGGCAGAAAUAUCAAGCUCAGAAAGGCGUUGUCGUCGAAUGGAUUCGAUGAUAUCACUGUCGACGGAAUCGUCUUCUGAUAAUGUCCCAGGUGCACCAUCUGUCCUGCACGACAAGAUUAAAAUAGUGUCACAACAGUCCACAGCAAGGCCAGGGUGUGUGAUACAGUUGGAUGCUAUCGACGAUGCAACUCAUGAUUGGCAAAACACACAAUUUCUCCAUGUGUUCCAAGAACAAUUGAUCACCGGAGAACGAACCGAAGAAAUAGUUACAAUUGAUAGCGAAAGUAAACAUUUCGGACUGAUGGACGGUCAGAUGGGAGCUAUGGUUGAUUUGCAAAGAAAUGCUCAAUUCGAAGAACCAUUCUAUUUGGUGGUGUUAGAACGCACCCACAAUGGAACGACGAUCCACAUGUGGCGUAUCGUGAUCGCAUCACAACCAGCAGCCCCUGAUGAGCUUAGCAGCAGUAUGUUAUAUGUACCUGAUAGUAACCUCGUGCAGGAUUUAGAUGAUCCGGAGUACACUCAACGCGCUUCGAUGGCUGGUAUUCAAGUCCAAGACGAUAACAAGCCACCAAUAGACCCAAGCCCACAUGUUAACAUCUCGACAACUAAGGUGUGCACCCAGGAACUUCCGUUGCCCGACGGAGUAGAUGUGAUCCAUGCAGCCCCAGCUGCGGGCCAUCUCAGCUCAUCAUCUAUUUAUCCGGCUUGCUUCGCACCGUAUAUUAUUGUAACGGCGUGUUCAGACUCGACUGUUCGUUUCUGGAAGUGCAAUGUGACUAAAAACAAAAAUUGUGAUAAAUCUGGUCUAGAAUAUGAAUGGUGCGAAUGGGAGAUGAUUCGGAAAGAUCAGGAAUCCACAAUUGAAGUGAAUGGUCAACUGCUACACAUUAGUGCUGCGUAUUCGGGAAGAAUUGCAUGUGCAUACAAGUAUGGAAAAUCAUUCACUAGGCCAACGAAGAGCAUUGAUCCUGAAACGCGAUACGUUAAUUUGUGUGUGGCAAUAUACGAGUGUGAAAGCACUGGUGGAAGUGAAUGGGUUUUGGAAGAUACUAUUCAUCUGAAAAAUAUCCAUUUGCCAAGAAUACAAGUUGAUCCACAUUUAGAUUUGAGCUACUUGUAUGAUAGUCGAACGCUACAGAAAAAACAAAGAUUAAACCAAAUGCUGCAGACACUGUCACAUGAUGAUACUCGUACGAACAGAAAUGGCGAAGUAACUCCAGAAGCGCACCCAAAAACGGGUCUGCUUGCCGUUCCAAGUUUCAGUACGCUGCAGUCGUUACGAAAAAGUAUUACAGAACAUGGUAACACCUGUCCGUUAACCCAGAAACAUCUUGUGCAACUUGACUGGGUUUCCAAAGAAGAUGGCUCGCACAUCCUAACAGUCGCCGUGGGCAGCAAAAUAAUGCUAUUCACACCUGUUUCCAGCGAUUUGGCGCAAUCAAACAUGAAGGCGAUGAAGGAAUCGCAAUCAACGAAUCGUCCUCUCCUUAGAAAAGCCAGUUCACUUGCUCAACCUCACUUUAAUGACGAAAUACGAUGGAUGAAGCUUCGGCAAAUUGAACUAAGGACUGCCGAUAACUUGCCCCCACUACCAAUGCAGAUUUCUUGGGUUCGAGAUGGUAUAUUCGUUGCUGGAAUGGAUUCUGAAAUGCAUGUCUAUACACAGUGGAAAUCACAUGUCAACAUUAGUCACAUGGAUAUGGAAGAUUUAUACGACAAUCGGUAUCUGAAAGAUGAGGACAUUCGAUCGCUUGCGCAGGAGAAUACACAAAGGCGGUUGGCUAAUGUUUCGUCGAUGCCUGUGCUAUCCCGGGUCAGUUCCAUCAAUCUUCAGAUGUUGGCGAAUGAAAGUAAAAAGAAAAAACCUGGUACAUCGAGUACCGGGCAAAUCAACAAUGGAAGUGAAACCCAACGGCCCGUUCAUGAUUACAUGACUGACUAUGGUCUGUUCCAAGCAUCUAGAAUUGCUUGUCCAGUUUUGCCACAGUAUCAUCCGAAACAAUUGAUGGAACUACUCAAUUCUGGUAAGAUUCGUUGGGUCAAGGCGAUUUUGGCACACCUAGUACGAUGUAUCAGUGGGUCAUAUAACGUACGUGGCAGCGGUAAUGAUGAAGAAAGUUUAAACAGACAGCGUGGUUGGUCUAGAACUCGCACACUUUCUGUUAGCUGUCCAGCCGGCACCAUUAGUCCUCUUGAAUCGAGAGGAUCCACAACACAGAUACCGGAGGAACUAACAUUGGACUAUGCUGAAAUAACAUCAAUACCACCGUUACCUCUUUGGACUUUGCUAGCAGCCGAUAAAGAGACGAUAGGAAUAAAUACCCAGCAAAGUGAAGAAGUUAUGGAUUACAACGAGCUUUUCGAGAGUAACGCAGCUGACGAAUCGCUGGAUGAUUUACUGGAAGAAGAACCAGAUACCACGCACCACGUCGACCGAAGAUCUUCACUCCCGGAGCAACAUUAUUUGUCGCAUUUUGGCCCAAGACAGGGCCAACUCCUCUCUCGCUUACUGACGCAUACCCAUUUGCCCGGACUUUCAUCCCUCGAUCAAAUGCAUUUGUUGGCGCUGGCUGACACAGUUUCAACCUGUAACGCAGAUUUUGCUGAGAAAUUUGCCAUCGAUGCCGCCAAAACAGCAAUCGCGAAAGAAAAUCUAUCCGGUGUACCAAAUCCGGAGAAUGUUUCAACGGAUUCUUUAGACGAUUGCGGUUUGAGGUUCCUGUUAGCAAUGAAGCAUUACAACUAUCUGCUGCGCUGUUUACCGAUUUCACAGAGGCAAUCAUUUCAAAAACAAGGAGUUGGAACAUCGAACAUAGUUUGGGCAUUCCAUUCAGAAAGUGAGGAAGAAUUGCUCAACUUGAUCCCGUCAUAUGCAAAGGGCCAACCGAAAUGGCAUGUCUUGAAAGAACUCGGUGUUGGCUGGUGGUUAAGAAACAAUAGCAUUUUAAGGCAGUGCAUCGAACGUUUAGCGAAGGCAUCGUUCCAAGCGAACCAAGACCCAUUGGAUGCGGCUUUAUACUACAUGGCAAUGAAAAAGAAAUCUUUAGUCUGGGGAUUGUACAGAUCUAAAAGGGAUGAAAAAAUGACAUCCUUUUUUGCGAAUAAUUUCAGCGAGGAUCGUUGGAGGAAAGCCGCUUUGAAGAAUGCAUUUGCCUUGCUAGGAAAACAAAGAUUUGAACAUGCUGUAGCUUUCUUCUUGCUAGCAAACUCUCUCAACGAUGCAUUGGAGGUUUGUUUGACUAAGUUGCAGGAUAUUCAGCUAGCACUUGUCAUCACCCGUUUGUACGAAGGUGAGCACGACGCAACCCCUCCAAGUUUUAAGAGACUGUUAUACGAAGAAAUUUUGGGUUGCGAUAAGAACGGAGGAAAUCAGGAUUUGAAUCGAGCCCAUCCAGAUCCAUUCUUGCGAUCAAUGGCACUUUGGAUUCUGAAAGAUUAUGCCGGAAGUCUCAGCACACUUUUGAGCAGCAACGUUGGUACAAUGCAUCCACUGUACGAUGAUGAGAAUAUAGUAUCACAUACGGAGGGAUCACACCACACCAAUCCGAACGUGUUCAACUUCUACGUGUAUUUGCGCACGCACCCUCUUCUCAUACGUCAACAUAUUGCAUCUUCUGCCCAAGACAAAAAACGUGCUCAAGUGGUUUUGGCUGGAUUCAGUUAUAGUAAUGAGAUAGCUUCAUCAACCAAGCCAAGUUUAGUUACUGAUAAGCAAAUUCAACUUGAGGAUUCUAUUACACCACUGGAACGUCAGUUAUACUUUACCACAGCGCAUGCACACUUCAAAGCAGGUUGUCCUGCUCUAGCAUUAGAGGUACUAAGCAAACUUCCUUCGAAAGUAAUCGAUCAAGACGCAAAUAGUCAACUGCAAAGCCCCAAUGAAAACAAAUCCCAUAGUGAUUCAAUCGCCACAGGAAUUCUUGAUUGGAGCAAGAAUCAUGGAGACUCUGGAAAAGAAACCGCAAACUCAAUAGAUUGGGGUGCUCCUGCCUCGUCAACUAAGCUAGAUUGGAAUACACCAGCAAGCAACUUUGAUUGGGGAGCUCCAGUUUCUUCCCAAAGUUCGAAUGGUCCUGAUGAGUUCAAAAUUGAAUGGGAUGAUGAUAACAAAAAUGACGAAGACGACGAGUACAGUGACGAAGGAAUUCAGCUGAAGAAAUCUGAAGAGGACGAUAAAAGCGAAAUUGUAGAAAAUAUCGGUUCAAAGAAAAAUUUCGAUAUCAUGGCUCAGCAGUUAAUAUUUAUAGCAUGUUUGAAGAUUCUGAUGGAAGAACUAUCCACUUUAGCGACCGGAUUCGAAGUUGACGGAGGACAAUUGCGUUAUCAAUUGUAUGUUUGGUUAGAACGGGAGGUGGAAGCCUUAAAACAGCUGUGUAACUAUAGUAGCGGUGACUCGGAAAAUGUAGCAAUCGAGGACAACAGUAAUCUGGACGCAAUCGAUCGAGAAACUCCAGUUCUUUCAAAUAAGUUCUCACACGAGAAGCCAACACUCCAUGAAAUUCUGAUUCAAGAGAAGCAAGACUUUGAAGCUAAAGUUCAGCGAGCUGCCAAACGAAAGCGCUGGCUGAAAGCAAAUGAAACUCUUUUGAGAACAUUACUAAGCUACUGUUCGUUGCACGGAGCAAGUGGCGGUGGUCUCGCUUCUGUCCGCAUGGAAUUAGUUUUACUUUUGCAAGAGCUUCAACAGGAAAAAACUCAACAGCAAUUGCUAAGCCCGCUUCCAUUCCCAACAACUCUUCCACUAUUGAGUGCUUGUGUAGCUGGGAAUAAAACCGUAAUUGCUGAUCCUCUUCGCUACCUGCAAUCUCAUACCCAUGAUAUGCUACAGACUAUGGUGGACAUGCGUAAUCCACCGCACGCACAACGCGCUGCUUUUCCAAGUGGUAUAUUUGUGUUACGCGAUCUGGCCGUUGCUCUGUCUGCUUGUAUAUACCAAUCACUCUGUGAUUCAGAUACAUUCAGUGUGAAGCAAUUAACGGUCAGUGAAGGGUAUAACAGUCCGGGGAUGGAAACUAUCGCUAAACUGAAUGCUAGUUGUCAAAGCACUCAUCUUAUGGCGAAUGCCACUGCACAUCAAAGGCGCAGGAAAUAUUCCACUGACGAACCACUUUCCGUUAGCACUCCACCUUCUAAGUGGCCAGGUGUAACCAAUCUACGCGCGUUGCUGGCCCGUGAGAAAGAUGAAGACACUCCACGAUUAAAUAUUCUUUUGUGUGAAUCUUUUGUGGCCACCUAUAUGGCAUUGUUUGUGUACGCGUUGACGACAUGUGAUUGUCACAUUUUAUACCGUUUAGCGGGACAGAACUUUAGUGAUUACACAUGGUCUACUCUGUACGGUGGAGGUGUCAAAAAGCUCCUCCGUAAAGCUACGUCGCAUGUGCAAGCUGCUCAACAAAUGGUGCAAGCACAAAUCCAGCAAGAAUGUCUGGAGAGUCCGGCGGCUGAUGGAAGUGUUUGGGAUACGGUCACAUCACUAACGAAACAAAGAGUAAAACUUAACAUGAAACUACUUGGUCAUUUUGCUGGACCACAAGGACCUUCCAAUAUGAAGGAAGAUAAACCAACCUAUCGUGAGCAGUUCGUUCCGCCAGAGAUGUCGAUGGUUUCAUAUUUCCUCACAAAACCUGUAUCGAAAGGGGACAUGGACGAAGAUGAUUACGAUUCCGCCGAUUCUGCAGUAUCUGAUUUAGACGAGGACGAAGAUGACGAGGAUGUAUUCAACGAUCCAUUGAAUAAUGACCCGAAAGCGCAUCAGGUUUCAGCUGCUGUUCGGAAGCAUCGUCGUGAAAACACAGAACACUCGAAUCCUAAUUCCUACUCGUGGUGCAUCCUACGACAAGCACUAAUCAGAGUUGCUCAAAAUCAUCUGCAAUCAUUCAUUAAUGUAGCAGGAAUUGAAAUGCAAGAGUUACCAGUAAGCAGUCCACUGGUCCAUGGUAUUCUUAGAACUCUAUCCGCUUGGCAAGAUUUGUUGAAGGAAGAACUAGAAACUCGCGGACCGGCUUCAGUUGACUACAUUCCAGGUUGUUUUGUCGAAUCAGAAGCAAAAGGCCCCGCAAUUCACAAGUAUCGUUCUCUGCUGGAAAAAUGUAAUACUCCCUUCUCUCCGUGUCUUUCAUCCGCUGCACCCGCAAGACGCCUUUGGAAUUACCUGGUGCGCAUCGAGCUUGUGCAGGACAUUUUUAUUCGAGCAGUAUUUGGUAAAAAGAAACCAUCACCGAAUUCAAACGACGCAGCCGUCGGAUCGGUGACAAAUUCAGUCGUUGACUCUGGUACUCCUAUUGGAAACGAAUCAGCUGCUGGUGUUGGUGCACAAAGCCACCUGCAAAACAUUCCAGAACCCGUUAGGAUAAUCCAUAAAGACCAGGAGCAGAUCUCAGCGUUUUGUCUCAAUCUUGUGAAUUCGGGUUUAUUAGCAUUAGCUACACCACGCGAGGUUCAAGAGAUGGAUAUUUCACUCCUGCUAGAGUCACCGCAUUGGAUGGAAGACGAAUGUGAAAUGGACAUCAUGAAUCUGACGAAAGAUAUCGAAACUUUGCCUUCGAAUAACUUCCUAGUAAUACAGACAACUACUGAUAAACACCUUAUGAAUCCAAGCAUAAAUGCCGCACAAAAUUUCGGAACCCCAGCUAGCCCUCAGCCCGGUAUUGCGGGACAAUCUGGUCGUGGAGCUUCUGUGAUUAAAGGAGCAACGUUCCCAGGAAGUCAAUGUCCACGUUUCUGCAAACUGGUUAUUGAACGUUCAAAGCACUUGCUGAAACCGGUGCUCAAGCAUAAGGUCGACAAUAUCAAACGCAUGAGCGCCCAUCCACUCAUGCCGCUCUAUUUGACUGGUGGUCAAGACGGAUCAGUUCAAAUGUGGGAAUGGGGACAUCAGCAGGUGGUUUGUACACCACGACCUCCUGGCACGUUUGCAAAGGUCACAAGAUGUCGCUUCUCCCAGCAUGGUAAUAAAUUCGGUAUAGCAGAUGGUGAUGGCAACUUGAGUUUAUGGCAGGUCGGGCUGGCUAGCCAGAGUAACAGGCCAUUCUUCACCUAUCAAUGUCACAACAAAGGGAUAACGGACUUUGUGUUCCUCGGCUCGUGUAGUCUGGUUGCAACAGCUGGCCAUAGCUCCGAAAGUAAGAAUGUUGCCAUAUGGGACACCCUUCUGCCUCAGAAAAAAGCACUUGUGGCGGCUUUCACAUGUCAUGAUCAAGGAUCAUCUAGUCUUGCCUAUGCACCCCAACACCAACUCCUAAUAUCUGCUGGCAAAAAAGGCGAUGUGUGUAUAUUUGAUGUUCGCCAGCGUGUACUUAGACAUCGUUUUCAGGCUCAUGAAAAUCCUAUCAAAUGUAUAUCAAUUGACCCUCACGAGGAACACUUUGUAACAGGUUCGGCCGAUGGAGAUAUCAAGAUCUGGGGUUUAACCGUCCACACACUUCUGUACAGCUUUAUGGGCGAACAUGCGCGCAGCAGCUUCUUCAAACACAUUGGCCAAGGCGUAACGCAACUGCAGAUUGACCAAGGCGGACGGCUGUUUUCUUGUGGUGCUGAUGGUUCUAUGAAAGUUCGGCAACUUCCAGAUCGGGAGUCGAUUGUUCAUUCGCUGUAUUGAAGUCCAGACUCUGUUAUCAUUGAAGGUAUAAGAAGAUCAAUAUUAUUUCCAAUUCUGCGAUAUAGUUUACGAGUAACAAUAUAUUCUAUUCAAAGAUAAAAAAAAGUCUUACAUAGCUCUUUUGUAACUGUUAUCGCAAGUUGAUUAAUAAUGGCAAUAACAACAUACACGCAACUAUUGCAAAUUUAAAUAAUAGUUAAAAAUACUUCCAGAAGUCUUUAAUAUCUAAUUAUUAUGGAGCUUCUAUACACACAAACAAAAUACAUAUACACACUUACAACAUACACUGUUAGGACUCACGUCUACUAUACUACUCUAAACAAAUACACCAUCAUUCGAACCUAAGUAAGAUACCAAUUCAAAUCAGAGAAACUAUUCUUAUUGCUGACAAUACCCAUGUUCUGAUGUAUUCCUCUAAAAUUUAAAGAAAAUACCAAAAAGAUAUAUUGAAACAUAAUACUAUACACAAAAACGAAUUAAACUGUAGAAUAGUCAGAUGUAUAUGGAAAAUAUUAAUUCAGGCAGAAUGUAAUAAUCAAAUAAUAAUUAUACAUCAAAUUAUAUUUCAUGAAUAGGUCAAUGUUCUCAAAGACGAAUGAAUAAUAAUUUUAAAAGGAUAUUAAUAUUAAAAUGUUAUCGCCUAUCAAUGUUGUGUUAUCCUUCGCUUGGAAAUAUUUGUAUUAUGAAAUAAUAGUUCUAGUAGUCCGUAUUAUUUCCUUCAACGGUAAUAUAUUUGUUUGCUAUAAACCGCUUACAUUUGCUUGCACACUUCUGUAUACAUAGAACGAUCGUGAACAUGGAAGAUGAAAAGUAGAUCUAGUUGACGAUAGUUCCGCUGUUCUAUCGUAAUGUUAUACACCCUACUCCUGAAAUCCGAAAGAAAAAGGGAAGGAUGUAAUAAAAACUGUUACGUGAAGAAUCCACCUAUUUACAAUACAACUAACGAUUAAUGUAACAUUACCAAGAGCAUUAUUUAGGAAAAUAAAUAAAUCAUUAGAAAUUGUACAGUACGUAGGAAAAGUAGCGAAAGUUGCAUAUGGAGGAAGCGAACAUUGCACAUAGCAAAGUUUUAUUUAUUUAUGAAUAAAUGUUCAUCGUUUA